UUCUUGGUCAAAUCCCCCAGUCGUCGUCUUGGCUGUGUAUCCGUGGACGGAGGUGAGUUGGCCAUUCAACGUCAUCCGUUCUUCCGUGAAAUCGACUGGGUCAUUCUGGAAGAACGUCGCGUUCGACCUCCGUUCCGUCCAAAAGUGCGCUCUCGCAUUGAUACGAGCAAUUUUGACAAGGAUUUCACCAAUGAGGAACCCGUGCUCACUCCCGCAGAUCACACAAGUGAACUUGCUGCGGUUGCACAGGAUGUAUUCGCGGAUUUCGACUGUAUAAACACGGACUACAGUGUGAUGCGUUAUCACACGACCAGACCCAGUCAGCAACAACCGUUACGUUCUGUUUGUGGCGGCCUUCAUGUGUCCAACACAGUCUUCACUACAGAUGAACCGGCCAGUCCACUGACAGCAUCCACACGUGAACCAUCGGCAACUACUACCACAAUCACUGCUUCUUCCGGCACAUUGACUCCUAUAAAGACCACAUCCAUUUCCUCCGUUCCGGAUCUAGGUACCUUAACCACGACCACCACAUCACGCAACGCAUCUCCAUCACUUACUCAACUCACCAUUAGUUCCCCCGGCAGUACUGCUUCUCCAGCGCGUAGUGUGCCCUCAUCACCGGUCCAUCCGCAUCCCCCGGCGAUAUCCAAUUGCGGACCUGACAAGGUGGCUCCCAAAUGGCUUGCCGAAUAA